UGUCCGGCCCGGUGUGUGUAUGAUGGCGGCGUAUGUGGAGAUUCUGAAGAACGAGUUUCCACAGAUCGACUCUGAACUCUUCGAUUAUAUCACCGGUGUGUUGGACAGUGGCGGCUCAGAUUUCGAGGAUGCAGAGGAAGUGUUUGAUGCCAUCGGCGGGUUUCUGCAAGAGGUCGGAGACAAGAAUGAAGACGACAUUCGAGACAUCUGCUUCCAGAUGUUCAACACACUCCAGCUGACUAAGUGCGACUCUGGUCAGCAGCAGGUCCUCCUGGAGGCUCCAGUACAGCUGUCUCAGGUGUCUGCAGACGCAGCCUCAUCUGUUAAUGAUGUUCAUGGGAUCUGGAUGGUGAAGAGGAAUCCUGGCACAACUGUGGAUGCCAAGAAACUGGAGAAAGCUGAAGCCAAACUGAAAGCCAAACACGAGCGCAGGAAUGAGAAAGACUCUCAGAAGUCCUCAUCUCAGCUGGUUUUAGAAGAGGCGUCUGCCAGUCAGGCCAGCAGCAAGAAAGAAAACCGUGUUGACUCGUCUGGGAAGAACCGAAGUUAUGACAUCCGCAUUGAGAAUUUUGACGUGUCUUUCGGAGAGAGGUGUCUGCUGCAAGGUGCAGAGGUGUGUUUAGCGAGCGGCCGGCGGUACGGGCUGGUGGGUCGUAACGGUCUGGGUAAGACGACGCUGCUGAAGAUGCUGGCGAGCCGUAGUCUGCGCGUCCCUCUGCACAUCUCCAUCCUGCACGUGGAGCAGGAGGUGGAUGGAGACGAGACGCUGGCGCUGCAGAGCGUGCUGGAGAGCGACACCCUGCGAGAGGAGCUGCUGAAGGAGGAGCGGCGCCUCAACACACACAUCGCCAACGGCACCGCUGAAGGCUUAGAAAGUGUCCGUCUCUCUGAAGUUUAUGCUAAACUGGAGGAAAUUGAAGCCGAUAAAGCACCAGCCAGAGCGUCAGUCAUUCUCGCUGGUUUGGGUUUUUCAUCCAAAAUGCAACAGCAAGCAACAAAGGAGUUUUCUGGAGGCUGGAGGAUGAGGUUAGCUUUAGCAAGAGCUCUGUUUGCACGGCCUGAUCUUUUGUUACUUGAUGAGCCCACGAACAUGUUGGACGUGAGAGCCAUUCUGUGGCUGGAAAACUACUUACAAACGUGGCAGUCCACCAUCCUGGUGGUUUCUCAUGAUCGUAACUUCUUGAACGCGGUGGUCACAGACGUCAUUCACCUCCACUCGCAGCGGCUGGAGAGUUAUCGCGGAGAUUACGAGAACUUCAUCAAGACCAAAGAAGACCGGCUGAAGAACCAGCAGAGGGAAUAUGAGGCUCAGUUACAGUACAGGGAACACAUACAGGUGUUCAUCGACCGCUUCAGAUAUAACGCCAACAGAGCCGCUCAAGUGCAGAGCAAACUCAAGCUGCUGGAGAAACUGCCUGAACUCAAGCCUAUUGUCAAGGAGUCUGAAGUCGCCUUACGUUUUCCGGAUAACUUUGAGAAGUUGUCUCCUCCAAUCCUGCAGCUGGAUGAGGUGGAGUUCGGAUAUUCGCCUGAGCAGCGGCUCUUCAGAGGACUCUGCAUCUCCGCUGAUCUGGAGUCACGCAUUUGCAUUGUAGGUGAGAAUGGAGCUGGUAAAUCCACUCUACUGAAACUGCUGAUGGGAGAACUGACGCCCCUCGGUGGAGCCAGACAUGCACACAGAAAGCUGAAGAUCGGUUAUUUCAGUCAGCAUCACGUGGAUCAGCUGGACCUGAACGUCUGCUCCAUAGAGCUGCUGCUCAAGAGAUUUCCAGGUGAGACAGAGGAGGAGUACCGCCAUCAGCUGGGCAGAUACGGCAUCACUGGAGAAUUAGCCACGCGGCCGGUGGCCAGUUUAUCAGGAGGACAGAAGAGCCGCGUGGCUUUCGCUCAGAUGACCAUGCCCUGCCCCAACUUCUACAUUCUGGAUGAACCGACGAAUCAUCUGGACAUGGAGACCAUCGAGGCCUUGGCAAAAGCUCUCAACAAAUUCAAGGGCGGUGUGGUUCUGGUGUCCCACGACGAGCGCCUUAUCCGGAUGGUCUGUAAGGAGCUGUGGGUAUGUGAAGCCGGUCGAGUCCACCGGGUAGACGGAGGCUUCGACGAGUAUAAAGAUAUCCUGCAGGAACAGUUUCGCAAAGAGGGAUACUUGUGAUGGAGUCGAUACAAUAAAAACACCCUCAAACUGCCGUUGAAGAGAGCGUCCCAAAUCCUGGAGGCUUUACUGCUGGAGUUCAUUCCCCCCUAAAAAAUCAUGCGGGUUCAAGACCGGACGCUUGCUGAACUUCUGUGUAGAUCGACAUAUUAUUAAAAGACGAAGGUGAAGCGGACAUAUGCACAACAGAUGUUAUACCCCACACCGCUUUUAAAAUUCACUAAAUACGGUAAUAAAAUGAUAACUGUCCAACA